GGAUAGCUACAAGCUUUCCGUCUCUCGGUAUCCUUCUCAACUACUUCUCCCUGUCUAAAUUAAAUCAAAUUAGAAAGCUCCUCUUCCUCGGUCGAAGAAGCUCGGAUCCCCGGAGGAGCUGUCAGCGUGACCUCGGUUGCCUCGGUGAUGGGGAGCUUGCGAGGCAGCGCCGGCGGAGAGGGGAGGAACGAGGACGGAGGGAAGGUCGGGCUGCCGGCGUUGGAGGUGGCGCUCGCGUUCCCGCAGGCCACGCCGGCGUCCCUGUUCCCGCCCUCCGUAUCGGACUACUACCAGUUUGAUGAUUUGCUGAGCGAUGAAGAGAAGACACUUCGGAAGAAAGUACGCGCUAUUUCAGAGAAAGAAAUCGCGCCCAUUAUGACAGAAUACUGGGAGAAGGCAGAAUUUCCAUUUCAUGCCAUUCCCAAACUUGCAACUCUUGGCUUAGCUGGAAGUACGACGAAGGGAUAUGGGUGCCCAGGACUCUCACUUACAGCUAGUGCUAUUUCUAUAGCAGAAGUUGCACGGGUCGAUGCAAGCUGCUCCACAUUUAUUCUAGUGCACUCCUCUUUGGCGAUGUCCACGAUCGCCCUUUGUGGAUCGGAAGCUCAAAAACAGAAGUACUUGCCAUCGAUGGCUCAGCUUAAAACUGUUGGCUGCUGGGCUUUAACAGAGCCAGAUUAUGGAAGUGAUGCAAGCUCCUUGAAAACUUCAGCAACCAAGGUACCUGGUGGUUGGCUUCUAGAUGGUCAAAAGCGCUGGAUUGGUAACAGCACAUUUGCAGAUGUGCUCAUAAUUUUAGCUAGGAAUGCAGACACAAAGCAACUAAAUGGAUUCAUUGUGAAGAAGGGGGCUCCUGGUUUGAAAGCCACAAAAAUCCAAAACAAAAUUGGACUCAGAAUGGUACAGAAUGGCGAUAUUCUUCUGAAUAAAGUAUUUGUCCCAGAAGAAGACAGAUUAACAGGCAUCGAUUCAUUUCAAGAUAUAAGCAAGGUCCUCGCGAUGUCGCGUAUUAUGGUGGCAUGGCAACCAAUUGGCAUAGCAAUGGGCGUCUACGACAUGUGCCAUCGGUAUUUGAAAGAAAGGAAGCAGUUUGGAGCUCCACUGGCAGCCUUUCAGCUCAACCAAGAAAAGCUUGUUCGGAUGCUUGGUAACAUCCAGGCCAUGGUUCUUAUUGGUUGGCGCCUGUGCAAGCUUUAUGAGUCAGACAAAAUGACACCAGGCCAUGCUAGUUUAGGCAAGGCAUGGACAUCCACCAAGGCAAGGGAGGUAGUUUCUUUAGGUCGCGAGCUGUUGGGCGGAAAUGGAAUUUUGGCUGAUUUUCUGGUAGCAAAGGCAUUUUGCGAUCUGGAGCCGAUUUACACAUACGAGGGCACUUAUGAUAUCAACAGCCUGGUGACUGGAAGAGAAAUCACUGGGAUUGCUAGCUUCAAACCCGCUGCGUUGGCGAAAUCUCGGCUUUAAUAAUUGUUAUUCUCCAGCUACAAUGAAUAAGUACAACCCCACCUUGUAUUCUGGUGGGUAAUAUGGGAACAAGUGCAAUAGAAUUCAAAAGGAUCAUGUGAAAUUGCAUGAUGAAUGGUAGCAUGUUGGGAUUAAAAAAAAGAUCAUGUUAAAUUACACGGUGAAUGGUAAAUAUGUAAGGCCGGGCCUGGAUUUGUUUGUGGUAAAUAGUACAGCCCAUGGAGGUGUUUGUUUUGUGGGAUCGUACCAGCGUAUGCAUAACGUACUGGUACGAUUUAGGAGCAUUCCUCUUAUGGUAUACUGUGAGAUACUACAAAGAGUGGAAACUCAAAUGCACCCAGUAGCUCACACGGUGGAAAUACUAUGUUUUGAAUGUCAAAUUCUGUAAAAAGUGCAGAAAUUUCUCUAUGUACCUGCAAAUGUUUAUGGCAAGGUCAGUUCCGUACCGUUGUACAAAACUUA